ACGGGCGGCGCAGCCAAUCAGGAGCCGGGGCCGUUGCGGGAUGACCAAUGGCGCGCGGGGGGCGGUGCCCGCGGGUCAGGCCCGCCAGUGGGCGCUGAGGGAGGGCGGCCCGGCCCCGGCCCCGGCCCCGGCGCGGCUCGGUUCGGCACGGCACGGCACGGCUCGGCUGCCUGCGGCGGGGAGAAGCGGGGCUCGGUGAGGUGGCGUCCCCUUAGCUCCGGAGGGGGGUCGGAGCUGUGCCGCUGGAACCGUCGGCGGGGUUGCCUGGAGCAGUGUGAGGGGGAGCGGCAGGCCUCGGGCGCCCGUGCAGCUGCCAUGAAUGGGCGUUCAGGCGCGAUAAGAUCGAAGGAAGGGAUGUUUUCCUCUUGAGCAGGCUCGCAGAUGGGUCAGGGACUCUGGAGAGUUGCUAGGAACCAGCAACUACAACACCAAGGAUACGACGGACAAGGCUACCUGACCAGAGAACAUGGUAGGAGGAUAGCUACUAACAACGUUCCCAGUACAAGCCAUCGCAAACAAGCCCAAGGAGGCAUCGACAUCUACCACCUGUUGAAGACAAGAAAAUCUAAAGAACAAGAAGGAUUCAUUAACCUGGAAAUGCUGCCACCAGAGCUUAGUUUUACCAUUUUGUCAUACCUGAAUGCAACUGAUCUCUGUCUAGCUUCGUGCGUCUGGCAGGAUCUUGCUAAUGAUGAGCUUCUCUGGCAAGGGUUGUGCAAAUCCACUUGGGGUCACUGUUCUAUAUACAAUAAGAAUCCACCUCUAGGAUUUUCUUUUAGAAAAUUGUAUAUGCAGCUAGAUGAGGGCAGUCUCACCUUUAAUGCCAACCCUGAUGAGGGAGUCAACUACUUUAUGUCCAAGGGCAUACUAGACGAUUCGCCGAAAGAAAUAGCGAAGUUCAUCUUUUGCACAAGAACGCUAAAUUGGAAGAAGCUGAGAAUCUACCUUGAUGAAAGGCGAGAUGUUUUGGAUGACCUUGUGACGCUGCACAACUUCCGAAACCAGUUCUUGCCAAAUGCACUGCGAGAGUUCUUCAGACACAUUCACGCUCCCGAGGAGCGUGGGGAGUACCUGGAGACUCUCAUUACAAAGUUCUCCCACCGAUUCUGCGCGUGUAACCCUGAUCUGAUGAGAGAGCUCGGCCUUAGCCCUGAUGCAGUUUACGUACUGUGUUACUCUUUGAUUCUCCUUUCCAUUGAUCUCACAAGCCCUCACGUGAAGAACAAAAUGUCAAAGAGGGAAUUCAUCCGAAAUACACGACGAGCUGCACAGAAUAUUAGUGAAGAUUUUGUAGGGCACCUUUACGACAACAUCUACCUUAUCGGCCACGUGGCUGCCUAAAAGCACAAUUUGCUAGCACUUAAAAUUUGUAAUUUUCAAAAACUACAUCAAUUCAAGAAAUUAAUUAUUUUGUAGAGAUGGGGGUUAUUUUAGUGCUGGUCAUUCUAACCUCUGUAUGCAAUCAGAGUUUGUGUGUGUAAGUGUGUGUAUGUGUAAACUACCUUUUCUAUCUAUUUACUGUGGGAAUGGAAGGAUUUGGAGAUUUGUUUUUCAUAAUUUUUUUAGUUUUGCACAAAACAAUGCCAUUAGUCUGACACGGCCAUUUACGAAUGUUAAACUGACAUUGCAGUCUAAGCUGACAAAGUGGUGAAUCUGUGC